CGCGUGACUCGGCGACGGCGGUGGCGGGAUGUGCUCGUCUUUGCUUCUUGUCCUUGGCCUGGCUUUGGUAUCGUCGGGGCAAAUCGCCUUCGGUGGUGAUGACAGGGGCAAGUCAUGCAAUGAUCCGGAGAACAAUCCGGGAGUGUGCGGCUUCUUGAACGAGUGUCCAGCACUGCAAGAGGCACUCAGAAACAGGAACAUCCCCCUCCUGCGCAAGGCGCUGUGCGGCACGGCUGGAACAACCAAACUGGUGUGCUGCGGCGAACAGAAGCUGUGUGGGCGCUUCGUCUCGCCACGUGGAUGUGGUCUGUCCUCCUUCAAACCCCCGCGCGUCGUCAACGGCAUUCCGGUGGAUAGAGUGACCGACUUCCCCUGGAUGGCGCUGCUCCAAUACUCGUCUGAGCCGAUCAACCGGUGCGGAGGCGCCAUCAUCAACGACCGCUGGAUACUCACAGCCGCGCACUGCAUCAAUAGCGCCGGACCAGUGAAGGUGCUACUGGGCGACUUGAACCUUGCCACCACCACGGAAGAAAGCACCCAGUACCCGCCCAGAGUGUACAAUGUGGAAAAAGCCAUAAAGCAUCCGGAAUAUAAAAGGGUUUUCAGAGGAAACGGCCAAGGAUUGUUCAAUGACAUUGCCCUCGUCAAGCUUACGGAGCGCAUCUCGAUAUCCCCCGUGAUGAAGCCGCUGUGCAUCCCCGAUUCCUCCCGCCCCGCCUCCGACCUGGACAACCAGCAGGCCUACGUCGCCGGCUGGGGCGCGACCGAGUUCGCUGGGCCCACCGAGGCCUUGAUGCAGUGGGCCCGGAUCAACGUCACGCGCCACGCUCAGUGCCAGGACACGUACUCCCGCCAGAACAUGGCCGUGGACAACACGCAAAUCUGCGCCAACGGCGAGAACGACCUCGGCGGAGUCGACACCUGCAGGGGCGACAGUGGGGGUCCUCUGAUGGAGCGUCGGAACCACAGGAACCGGCAAAUCUGGUACGCCGCGGGCGUCGUCUCCUUCGGCUCCGGCUGCGGUAACGUCAACUUCCCGGGUGUCUACACCCAUGUGGAGAGCUUUCUCGACUGGAUCGGCUGCACGGUGGCGAAGAACUGACCACCUGACGAUAGGGUGGCGGGGGGGGGGGGGGGGGGGCGUCGGCAGGAGCAGUGCUGCGAUGAAGCGUGAUGCGGCGCUGGAACGUCCCUGUUCAGUGCGGAGGCAUCCUCGUGCGGCGAUGUAGCGUGCUUCUAUUAAUGCUUGAGAGUCUCUAUGCGAUGUCGAAGUGUCACUGUGUGUAAUAUUUAGGAGUUCUUGUGAGAUGCAAAGAGCACCUGUGCAUUCGGCGUCUUUGUGUUUCUCGAGCGCCCUGUGUUUUCUAAGCGUCUUUGUGCCACUGAAUCAUGUCCGUGUUUCUGAAAUGUGCCUGCAUGUAGAAUGUGAUGUGACCAGGAUGGAGGCCGUAACUUGGCGUCUUUUGAGAACGCCACCGAGUGCUCCAGAGGCUGUGGGCUGCUGUCACCUAACACAGAAUUUCUUUGCUUUGCUUGGUAUUGUAGAAGGACUAGUCGGCAGCAUCGAUGCUUCCCUCCGGGGGUUUGGGCGCGCUGCUUUUUUAUCUGGCUUAAUCUGCAAUCGCCUUACGCUGCCUUAUCUGACAAAUACACGCUUCAUUUUAAGAU